AUCAAUGGUAGAUGCAUUGACUGCAGGAGCCCAAAGGAAGCUCGUGACGCCUCCUCGCAUAAGGACACUUUUGUUCCUCUCUCCCUGUACAUGACAUGAGAGUGAAACCAUGAAAAGGAGCACAUCAAUGGCGAAGGGGAAUCCAGAGCAACUUGGCGGUGAAACGGGCAUGCAGUCAAAGCCUGCGGUAGAGGAGGUCGCCAUUCAACCUCACCUACAGCGAGAAUGUACGUGAAAUCUAGCGUGUGGUUCAUAUGAUUCACCUGAUUCUUUCCAUUCUUUUGUCACGAGAGCUGCAGCUCUCUAAUGGCGUCGACGUGGGGAGCAUGUGACCAGAGUGCAAGAAGACGAUGGACCAUCAUAAGUAAUCAUACCACCCACAGUUUUUCCACAGGUUUGUGGAAUGACAGACUGUAAUAACCAUUCACAGGCUUCGGCAAUGGAGGUGUGCACAGUUCAUGUCGAGCAGAGAGAGAGAGAGAGAGAGAGAGAGAGAGAGACAUCGAUGCAUCUUCUUCAUGGUAACUGUUGAAAGGUCUUCCUCGUGCUAAUGGUGUUAUCACAAGGCAAGCUUGCAGGAGGGACGACAAAAUUGUAAAUGUGGAGUUACGCCAGGCAGCAAGCUGGAUUUGGAGUCUUUUGUCCUCUCGUCGUCUUUCUCUCUCGAUCCUCCUCAUCCUCAUCUGCAUCUUCUCCCAUUAAUCCCAUAUUAGUGCCGGGGUCUUUCCGUAUCGGGAUUGCCUCCCAUGCAUUCCUCUGCUUUGGAAGACAACCCUGCACCCUUCUCUCGCUUGCUUUCCCUCUACUGCUCUCUUCUGUUCUCACGGCUUUGCCGAGCUAGCUUUCUCUCUCUCCCUUCAGCUUUAAGACCACAAAGAGUUCUUCUUCUUCGUCUCGCCUCACCUUCCUUUCGAGUAAAGGGAAACUUGAUUGAAAGAACAAAAUCCUGAGGAUUGAUUCCUUUAGGGUAGGAAAUACUUAUUGGAUUGAUUUGGACUCCAUUUAGUUCUUACAAUCAUUCUUUCCAUAGAUCUAAAUCCAACUCACUUGUAAUUCUUCUCGAAUCUUCACAGAGCUACUCUUUGCUUCUCACAUUUGCUUUGGUUCUUCGAUUCUUCGCUCGCAUCUUUUCUUCCCAGUUUUACUCCGUCGGCUUCUUUAAGGAACCCCCCGUGGGCUGGAAAGCCCUUCACUUGGUCACCGAAGCAUCAUCAAGAUUAGGCCAUCAAAACUGGAAGGGAAAUGUGGCCUGUUAAUUCUCUAAAUGCUGAAUUAUGGGAGAAGACACCAGUCUUUGGCCUGAGAGUUUGGGUUGUGAUUGGCAUCUCCGUUGGUGUAUUGAUUGUGUUCAUCCUCUCCAUCCUGUCCGUGUGGGUCACAUCUCGCCAGAAGUCAUCAAGGAGCUUCGACGAACUCCCGGUAUCUCAAAUCCCCAGUGUCUCCAAGGAAAUUACAGUAGACAGAGUUGGACCACAGAGUGUUGCUCAGACUCCUCAUGAGCAUCGGACGCAUUGCUUCUCCUCCUAUGACUCCGACAAGACGAUGAUGUCUAGUGAUGCUGACAACAUGAGCCAAUGCAGCUCAAUUCACCACAAUGACAGGGACGCAAGUUCAUAUUCUGGUGACGAAGGUAGCUCAGGACAUGCUAGAAGACCACAUUCACCAUACAGCCUUGUUUCUGCGUCUCCUUUGAUCGGUUUGCCGGAGUUCUCACAUCUGGGAUGGGGUCACUGGUUUACUCUCCGGGAUCUGGAGAAUGCGACGGAUCGUUUCUCCAAGGAGAACGUGACUGGGGAGGGUGGAUAUGGAGUCGUUUAUCGAGGUCGUCUUGUUAAUGGCACUGAAGUUGCAGUCAAGAGGCUUCUGAACAAUCUGGGACAAGCAGAGAAGGAAUUCAGAGCGGAAGCGGAAGCUAUUGGCCAUGUCCGGCACAAGAAUCUGGUCAGGCUUUUGGGUUACUGCAUCGAAGGAACUCACAGGAUGCUUGUGUACGAGUAUGUCACCAAUGGAAACUUAGAGCAAUGGCUUCACGGAGCUUUGCAACAACACGGUGUUCUUAGUUGGGAGAACCGCAUGAAGGUUAUCGUCGGCACUGCAAAGGGGCUCGCUUAUUUGCAUGAAGCCGUCGAACCGAAGGUUGUGCACCGCGAUAUAAAAUCAAGCAACAUCUUGAUCGAUGCAGAAUAUAAUGCAAAGAUCUCUGACUUCGGAUUGGCUAAGCUCUUGGGUUCAGGCAAAAGCCACCUUACUACCAGAGUGAUGGGAACAUUUGGGUGCAUUGACGUCUUCUUCUCUGUGCCUUACUUAGAUCCAAAGAACAAUCCAUACUUAAAACUCUCUUCUCACUUCAGGUAUGUGGCUCCUGAAUACGCUAAUACUGGACUGGUGAACGAGAAGAGCGAUGUUUACAGUUUCGGUGUGUUGUUACUGGAAACUGUGAGUGGCAGGGAACCCAUAGAUCAUGGCAGGCCUGCAAACGAGGUGAAUCUUGUGGAGUGGCUUAAACAGAUGGUCGGGAAUAGGAGAACAGAGGAGGUGGUGGAUCCAAAUCUUGAGGCUAAACCCUCGACACGGGCGCUUAAGCGUGCAUUGUUAGUCGCUCUGAGAUGCGUCGAUCCUGACUCUAGCAAGAGACCCAACAUGGGUCAGGUUGUUCGAAUGCUAGAAGCAGAUGAAGAUCGGCAAAGCCGACGGAGCCAUUCAAGAAACAUGGAGAUUGAAUCUUUGAAGAAGAGCAACAGUUUGAGUGACUAAGCAUCGAGAAGAAGAGACGUUUCAGAAGAGCCAUUAUAUAUGUAUAUUUUGCUGAGGAGAAAACAGAGAAGGAACAUGUAAUGUAAGUUUUGGACUCAUCAGGCAUGAGAACUCGGUCACUCUUCAGAUGUAUUCGUAGACGCA